UUAUCAAACUCAACAGUACAAACUGUAAACAAUGAUAAAUCAAAGCAAGGGUCCAGUCUUUGAUCUUCCAAUCCAAACUAAUCAAAUCCUUUUUGUAUAAAUGUAGGGACAGAGAGAGAGAGAGAGAGAGUUCUUUCUUCCUUUCUUUAUUAUUUUUUCCUUCAAGUACUCGAGAAAAUACCAUCAUCUUCCUUGACCAAGUCCUAACCCUUCCCCCCCCCCCCCCCCCCAUCAAGCUCCUGUCUGUCUUUUUCAUUCUCGAAUUCUUGCUUCACUCUCUUGUGUUUUUUCCUCUGAGAUUAUCUGAAACUUCUGAUGGGUCUCUUAGUUUUGGAAAAGGUGUUUGUUUUCAGGUAUUUUAGAUUCCCUUUCUGUCUGCCCCCCCCCCAAUAAGAUAGUGAUGGGGAUAUACCUUAGUUCUCCUAAGACGGAGAAAUUUUCAGAGGAUGGCGAGAAUGGUAGGCUUAGAUAUGGUUUAUCAUCCAUGCAAGGUUGGCGUGCAACCAUGGAAGAUGCACAUGCUGCAAUAACUGAUUUGGACGCUACCACUUCAUUCUUUGGUGUUUAUGAUGGACAUGGAGGUAAAGUAGUUGCAAAAUUCUGUGCCAAGUAUCUCCAUCAGCAGGUUCGCAAGAAUGAAGCAUAUGCAGCAGGAGAUAUGGGAACUUCUGUCCAGAGAGCAUUUUUCAGAAUGGAUGAGAUGAUGCGUGGCCAGAGAGGGUGGCGGGAACUAGCUGCCUUGGGUGAUAAGAUAACCAAGUUUACUGGCAUGAUAGAAGGGUUAAUAUGGUCUCCAAGGGGUGGUGAUUGUCAUGAACAGCCUGAUGAUUGGGCUUUUGAAGAGGGUCCUCACUCUGACUUCUCUGGACCUACUUCUGGGAGCACAGCCUGUGUUGCGAUUAUUAGAAACAACCACCUCAUUGUUGCGAAUGCCGGUGAUUCUAGAUGUGUGAUAUCAAGAAAGGGUCAGCUCUCUUUGUUGCAGGCUUACAAUUUGUCUAGAGAUCACAAACCUGAUCUUGAGGCUGAGAAAGAACGGAUUUUAAAAGCUGGUGGUUUCAUACAUGCAGGGCGGGUCAAUGGCAGUUUAAAUCUUUCAAGGGCUAUAGGUGAUGUGGAGUUCAAGCAGAAUAAAUAUCUACCUGUUGAAAAGCAAAUCGUGACAGCCAAUCCAGAUAUAAACACUCUUGAGCUUUGUGAUGAUGAUGAUUUUCUUGUGCUGGCAUGUGAUGGAAUAUGGGAUUGCAUGUCAAGCCAGCAACUAGUAGAUUUUAUUCAUGAACAACUACAUUCGGAAAACAAGCUCUCUGCAGUGUGUGAGAGAGUCCUUGAUAGGUGUUUGGCGCCAUCAACAGCAAGUGGUGAGGGAUGUGACAAUAUGACCAUGAUCACGGUACAGUUUAAGAAACCUAUAGGGUCCCCUGCUUCUGCAGAUGAGCAAUCCUCACAAUCUAAACCAGAGGAAAGUUAAUUGAAGUAUGAUCUGCCGCCUGCAGAAGUCCCAGGUGUUAUUAUCCAGCCUCUGGAUGGAAAAACAUUACACAAGGAUCCUACAUUUUCUUGAAAAUUCAGGUCCUCAGAUACGUAUUUGUAGAUGGUUUAACAUGGAUGGAUGAAAUAUUAAGAAAAAUUGUUUGAUGUUCUGAUGUGUGCUUACAUGCUUCUGAAGUUUAACCACAGUUAUCAAAUUCAAUAACCUGUACAGCUUUUUGACAAAGACAAUCAGUUAUGCAAGUCUUUGAAUUUUGAUUGUA